AUAUGAUAUAUUAAUGGCAAAUCUACUGAAUAUAAGCUGGAUGUGCUAAUUCCCUUUGCAAUUAUUUAUAAAAACAACAAUAUAUUUAUGUAUGACAGUAUAGCGAUAGCGGGAAUUUUUGCGAGGUGGUAAUGAGUAAAAUAUAAAUUCUGUUGUUUGUGCGAGUAUUAACUUAAUAUGAUUUCUAAAAGAGUAAGUUAUAUAUGCGAUGAUAAUUUGAUUAAUCAGUGUAAUCGUUUACCUGCUGUGGCUGGGAGAGCUUCAAUGGUACAUAAGUUGAUUGAUUCUUAUGGCCUUACAAAAUCUUUAAAGAUUGUGCGACCCACAUUUGCUUCAUAUCAUGAUCUACGAAAGUUUCAUUCCGAAUUAUAUGUAGAUUACUUAAAAUCCAUUAAAGAAAUUGAUGAUGAUUACAUGGCUAAUGCUGAAGAUGAAGAACAUGGCAUCGGAUAUGAUUGUCCACCAGUUUCAAAUAUGUUUGAUCUAGUAAGCACAAUUGCUGGAGCAUCCAUAACAGCAGCUAGAUGUCUAGUGUUUGGUAUUGCUGAUGUUGCUAUUAAUUGGUGUGGAGGUUGGCAUCAUGCACAAAGGUUUGCGGCAGAUGGAUUUUGUUACAUCAAUGAUAUUGUCCUGGCUAUAGAAACUUUGCAGCAAAAAUUUCAUAAUAUACUGUAUAUAGAUUUAGACAUACAUCAUGGAAAUGGUGUUCAAGAUGCUUACAACUUGAGCAAAUCAGUUUUUACUUUGUCAUUCCACAAAUAUGAGCCAGGUUUUUAUCCAGGAACUGGUGGUUUAGAUGAUAUAGGUCUUCUGAGUGGGAAAGGCUACAGUUGUAAUUUUCCAUUACAUGCAUGGUACUCUGAUGAAACAAUUGAUUAUGCUUUUGGACAAAUAUUCCCAGAUGUGUUUAAAAAAUUUAAACCGGAUGCUAUAGUUGUGCAAUGUGGAGCAGAUGCUCUUGCACAUGAUCCUCAAGGCGGUGCAAAGCUUACGACACAUGGUUAUCACUCCUGCCUCACAAAAAUUAUAGAUAUGGAUAAACCUGUGUUAGUCCUUGGUGGGGGAGGGUACAAGUUCCCCAAUGCUGCUCGCUUGUGGACAUCAUUAACUGCUUUGUUAUUAGGAGUGUCUUUAGAUGAAAACAUACCAGAACAUGAUUAUUGGACUCAAUAUGGACCUGAUUAUACACUAGUUGUGGAACCUAUGUUAACUAAGGAUACUAAUAAGAAAGAUUAUUUAGAUCAGUGUAUUAAUAUAAUAAAAGAAAACUUGAAUUACAUAAAUAUUAAGCCACUAGAAGCACCAACAUUAAAAGAAAAGAAGAAUGACCUAGAAAGUUGUGAUAAGAAAGCUCAAACAGAUAGUAUUUUUAAAAGAUUUAAAAGCAACUUAACAAAGAAUCAAAACAAUGAUAUGACGCAGUUAGAUGUAUAUGAAUUUCUUGAAUAAAUUGAUAUAAGUG